AGCAGCCGGCUGGGUAGUCGUGCUGCCGCCUCCUCCUCUUCAUUCCCCCCCCGCCCCCCUGUGACAUGAUGCAGUUUAUGUUACUCUUUAGUCGCCAGGGGAAAGUGAGAUUCCAGAAGUGGUAUGUCCCAUUAUCUGACAAAGAAAAGAAGAAAAUCACAAGAGAACUUGUUCAAACAGUAUUAGCCCGCAAACCAAAAAUGUGCAGCUUUCUGGAAUGGAGAGACUUGAAGAUUGUCUACAAAAGAUAUGUAAGCCUCUAUUUCUGCUGUGCUAUUGAAGAUCAGGACAAUGAACUAAUAACUCUGGAAAUAAUUUAUUGCUAUGUAGAACUUCUUGACAAGUAUUUUGGCAGUGUGUGUGAACUUGAUAUCAUCUUCAAUUUUGAAAAAGCCUAUUUCAUUCUAGAUGAGUUCCUUUUAGGAGGGGAAGUUCAGGAGACUUCCAAGAAAAAUGUUCUCAAAGCCAUUGAACAGGCAGAUCUUUUACAGGAGGAAGCAGACUGUAAAUGUUCACUGUUUUCAUUGUAA